AUGUCUAGUACCAACCCCAGUUCUUCGUUCGAGGCUGGAGUGACAACCCCAACGACUGAACACAAGCUCAGUCGGUCUAAUAAUGUUAUUUUGAUUGAACAGUCCGAAGUGAUAGACAAGGAGGCAGCAUACAAACAACGUCUCAAUAGACCGUUCAAAGUCGUACAAAAUCUUCCAUUGUCACAGCAGGAACCAGAUUAUGAACAACUAGACAACCCUCUCUCGAUCAGAGACUCCGCUACUCUAUAUAACUCGCUGAUAGUGUCUCGUCAUCACUGGCUCCAUAAUGUUUUUAAGACAUUUUGGACUAGACGAGAACAAUAUAUGACUCCUGCAGAUGGCCGAAAAAAAGACCGACUCAGCAAGAUGUGCGACAUGAAGCUUGUUGCCGGACCGCAUACAUUUGAGAUUAGGCUAUUUAUCCUUAAAGAGGAAGAGAAGGAAAAACGUUAUUUCGAAGAGUUGGAACGCAAAAGAGAGGAAAGACAAAAACUUCGAGAUGAAAGGCUGAGUAAGCCUCUUGAUCCGACUAAAAUCAGCUCAGAAACACCAGUCAAGAAGGAAUCUUCUGUUAUGGCCCCGCCAUCCAAGGCUGUCAAGCAACCGUCAACUCCUGUUUCUCUUCCUCAGCCUGCACCUCCAAAACCAGUUGAGGACGGCAAAUCUAACGAUCUCAUGGCCAACCCAGAAAACGCAAUGAUGAUUCAAAACCUGAAUCUUAUUGCUCGCUCAGAUUCGCAUCUCAGCUCUCUAAUGAAAAUUGUUGCCUCUGGUCACGCUUCCGGUGAUCAGAUAGCAGAAUUUCAACGCUAUAUUCAAAGAGCUCGUCAAAUGGGGAAUCCAGCAGGCUAUUUUCAAAAAAUUCAGCAACAAGUUGAGGAUAGACAGAACGUUUUUCGAAGAAGCCAGGAAUCUGCGAAUAGUGAGCGUAGACAGCUUACUAGAGAGGAAAGAGAACGCCUUAAACAAGAAGAAAAGGAGAGGAAAGCCAAGGAAAAGGAAGAAAAGAAGAGGAAGAAACAGCUGCAGAAAGAGCAGGAGAGACUGGAGAAGGAGAGAGAAAGACAAGAGCGCAAAGAACGUAAGGCACGGUUGGAAAGAGAACGUCAGGAACGGCAAAAAUUGAACCUUGGGCCUAUAGAUUUUGGCGACGAAUUUGAAAUGGAUAAGGAACGAGAAAGAAGAGAGAAGAGAGAGAAGAAGCGACAGGAGGAGAAAGCGAAAUUGGAGAAGUUGCUUGCUGGAGACGACCGGCUAACGGCUUUUCAAGAGAGGUACACAAAAGACGCAACGCUGAUUAUCGAGUUCCAUGAAAAUAAUUCCUCUCGAUUUUAUUUCCCCAAGGACUCAAUCAUCGAAAUUAUUGACGAAAGGGACAAAGCCGAUGAUGAGAACGGUGACCAUCCACAGGACGGUAACUCAAAGGAAGGCUCGCUCAAACCGGCAGUGUCCGCCUCUCCUCCUCCUUCAGCAUCAUCUUCGGAUUUGUCAAAAAAAUACAGGAAAUUGUUUGUUGAAUUACUGAUUUCUUUUGUUAUGGUUCACAAUCAAUCAGAGAUUGAUGCCUAUGAAUUGCGCAAAAAGAGGGAGGAGGAAGCAAAAAUGAAAGCAGAAAAUGAAAAGGAAGAACGUGAAAAACAAUCAGAGGAAAGUGUUGAGAUAAAAGAGGAGGACGAAGAGAAUGAGGAAAUUGAGAUCGAAGAAGCUGAAGAAGCGGGCGAUAAAAAGAAGUCUACUAAAAAGAAGAAAAGGACUAAACGGAAUUGGGGGCCGGCAAAGAGAAAAACUAGAACUUCCAAGCAGGUCAAUGACGAAGAUUUGGAACCUCAGGAUCUGGGAGAUGAAGAUGUCAAGCCUGUCCCAAUCUACUCGACCAGUACUUUGAGAUUGGUGGAAGUUCCGUACAAAUUUGCAGAACUGAUCAAGAAUAGUGCUAAUCCGCUUCCAGAGGUUCAGCAAAAAAUGAAGGAUAUUUUUGCCACUGGCCAGAGGCUUACCAAGUAUCAUGUUUGGUACCAGCUUGACGGCCUUAAGGACGAGCUGCUGGCCGAAACUUUGCGUUUCAAUUUGAAUCGCCUCGAAUACAUCAGUGGAGGUGGUAAAUUAAAAGGAAAGGCGAUGUUGAAGCGUAUCGUUGAAAAGUCGGGUUCCGAGGCCGAAGUGAGCAAUAAACGGCAACGGCGGUCUCAACUUUAG